GGGGUUACGUUUAUUUUCAGCUACACACAUUUUACAUCACCCAUUCGUCGCUAUCCGGAUAUAAUCGUGCAUCGAUCGUUAGCUGCGGCUUUGGGUUAUUGUGAGCCCUCGGAGCGAACUGUAGAGGAAAUUCAAAAAAUUGCAGAGCAUUGCAAUGACAAGAAACUGAUAGCAAAGAAAGUUAGUGAAUCCAGUGCAGAGUUGUUCUUUGGAGUACUCAUACAUAGAGUGGGGCCGAUGGAAGCAAAAGGAGUCGUUGUAAAUGUCUUAGAUGCUGCCUUUGAUGUUCUCCUGUUCAAAUACGGUGUAAUCAAGCGUGUCUAUAUCAACACACUUGAAAUGAGGCAGGCACCAUCAUUUCUGGAAAACCCAAACAGGCUCAUUCUUUACUGGGAGAAUGAAGAUGGAAAGUUCGAGCAACUGAUACAGAUGUGUACAGUUGUUGAAGUUAUUUUGUCCAAGCUGCCAGAGCCAACUAAAUUCCAAGCUGUGAUCAAACCAAGAUCCAUAAAGGAUUCGCCCACACUUAUGCAGAUGUACAAUAAACAACAAUCCAGUGGCGGGGAUUCCGCUGAUCUCAAUUUUGAUUUAUUGCUUCUUGACUAG